AUGUCGUCUACUUCCUCGCUAGCCAGGCGCCAGGCGUCAGGCCCGAUAUUUCGCUCAGUCGCCUUCAACAUCCUCGUCGCAUGCGGCGUGUCGUUCACCGCACCAGGCAUGUGGGAUGCGCUGGGGGGACUGGGUGCAGGCGGCGCUGCAAAGCCCUACGCCGUGUCUGCUGCCAACGCACUGGUCUACGGGCUCUUCGCCAUUGUGUGUGUAGCCGCAGGCGCAAUCAAUAACCGCAUUGGACUCAAAUACGGGCUUGCGCUGGGAGCCGUCGGAUACCCGUUGUAUGGCGCGGGCCUGUAUACUAACAACGUUUCGGCCAAUACGUGGUUCAUGCUGUUUGGAUCCGCGCUGUGCGGCAUCAGCGCGGGCUUCUUCUGGGCUGCUGAAGCCGCCAUUAUCAUCGGGUACCCGUCGCCGGGCGACCGCGCCUUCUUCCUCGCUGUGUGGCAGACGGCAAAGUCGCUGGGCCCUAUUGUUGGAGGCGCGAUUAACCUGGGGCUGAACGCGAACAAGAAGACAACAGGAUCCGUCUCGUCGACAACAUACAUUGUCUUCAUCGUCAUCAUGUGUCUCGGGCUGCCCGUCGCGCUGUGUCUCAGUCCCGCACACAAAGUGUGGCGCCGCGACGGCACCGUCAUCGUAACGCAGCGCGCAGCAACAUGGGCCGCUGAAUUCAAAGCCGUAGGCAAGCUAUUCAUCAGUCGCCGCAUCUUGCUUCUCCUCCCAGCCUUCUUCAUCAGCUACUUCUACAACGGCUUCCUGAGCACAUGGCUAACAACCUACUUUACCGUGCGCGCCCGCGCCUUCUCCAGCUUCUUCACCAAUUUCGCAGGCAUCUUCUCCUCGUUCCUCAUCGCCCUGCUGCUCGACAAGCAGAACUGGAAUAUCAAGAUGCGCGGCCGCAUCGCCUUUUCCGCCAUCAUUACCUUGUUGCUCGGAACCUGGAUCUGGGCGACCGUCUUGCAGCAUGAGUUUUACGGCGCCGCCGAAGCACCGGUUUUCGACUGGUUCCGCGGUGGCUUUGGGAAGAGUUAUGCGCUGGUUUUCUUCUGGCAGUUUGGCGGCCAGGCGUUCCAGCAGUUUUUGUACUGGCUUGUCGGUCAGUAUGCUACCGACCUGUCGAAUCUGAGCCACUUGACUGGGAUCCUGCGGGGUGUCGAGGCGCUGGGUCAAACGGUUGCUUGGGCUAUGCAAUCGCAAGGCGGAGCCAACCACUUUGUCAGCAUCGGCCUCAACUUUGGCAUCACGGUCCUGUGUGUGUUUCCCACGUGGAUUGUGCUCUCGGAGCUCGAGAAGAGCCAUGAAGUCCGUGUUACCGAGCAUGUGGCCAAGGAUGAUACGCUCAAGGAUACUGCUUGA